AUCGUACUCGUUACAGUCGCUUUCGUUAUCUGGUGAGCAGCUGGUUUGUGGCUCUCUGAACUCAGGAGUAUUAGCACACCUGCCACCCAAUACAGGGCUGCAAUUUCUUCCGCCUUGCCAAGAGAACGUCUACGCCAUGGCAUCUCUGACAAAAGGAAUUUUUAUUGUUGCUGCCAAAAGAACGCCAUUUGGAACUAUGGGUGGGAAAUUUGUUCAAAAGAAAGCGGUAGAGCUCCAAACAGUAGCAGCAAAAGCAGCAAUGGAAGCUGGAAACGUCAAACCAGAACAGAUAGAUUCUACAGUAAUUGGACAUGUUCUGUCUAUUUCAUCAGCAGAUGGAAUACUGAUAGCUCGACAUGCUGCUUUAUACAGUGGUGUCCCAAUAGACAGGCAUGCCAUGAGCAUAAAUCGACUCUGUGGAUCCGGUUUUCAAUCCAUUGUCAGUGGUGCUCAGAGCAUACUUGUGGGUGAAUCAAAAGUGGUCUUAACUGGAGGAGCUGAAAAUAUGAGUCAGACACCAUAUUUUGUGCGUAAUGUCAGGUUUGGAGCACCUCUUGGAACCAAAAUUGAAUUUGAAGACUCCUUCUGGGCUGGUCUAACAGACACAUAUUGUAAUUUAAAUAUGGCUAUGACAGCGGAGAACUUAGCUGUAAAGUAUAAAUUAACCAGGGAGAAUGUUGAUAAGUUUGCUCUUCGAUCACAGAUGCUUUGGAAGAAUGCCAAUGAAAAAGGUUACUUUAAGGAAGAAUUAGCUCCAGUUACCAUAAAAACAAGGAAAGGUGAAGAAAUUGUGAAUGUUGAUGAGCAUCCUAGACCAUUCUCUACAGCUGAAGGACUAGCAGCUCUUCCUCCAGUUUUUAAAAAAGAUGGAGUUGUUACUGCAGGUUCCGCAUCGGGUAUAUGUGAUGGUGCUGGAGCUGUGAUAAUUGCCAGUGAAGAAGCUUGCAAGGAAUACAAUUACCAACCUCUUGCCCGCCUAGUUGGUUACUCUGUUGCUGGAGUUGAUCCCAGCAUAAUGGGUAUUGGUCCUGCACCUGCAAUACAAAAUCUGUUGAAGGUUUCCGGAAAAUCUUUAGCGGAUAUUGACCUGGUUGAUAUCAAUGAAGCAUUUGGUGCCCAGGUAAUGGCCUGCCAGGAAGAACUGAAACUAGAUAUUGAGAAACUUAAUGUCAACGGAGGUGCUAUUGCUCUAGGUCAUCCACUUGCAGCAUCAGGGGCUAGAAUCACCACACAUAUUGUACAUGAGCUCAGGAGGAGGAAAGCAAAAUAUGGAAUUGGAUCUGCUUGCAUUGGUGGUGGCCAAGGAAUUGCUCUCUUGAUUGAAAGCAUACACUAAUGAAUGUUUUUUUAUGAGAAGACUGACUUGUUAAUUCAUAAUAAUAAUAAUUAACUUCCUAAUCCCAAUUUUGUGUUAAAAUUCCACUUUGCACAUCCAGUAUUACUUCAUUUUAUGCUUUUAUACUAAGAAAUAAACUACUAUGUUAUCAUCUUUACUACACCUUCUUAAGUUCCAAUGUGAAAAAAGUGUACAUUUGUUGAGGAAUAUAAUUCUCAAAAUUUUAUUUAAAUGUUGUAGAGAGAACUUUAACAGUUAUUCUGGAUAUACACUGCUGUCAUAUGUGUGGUUAUUUCUUAUUAAGAGAAAACUUUCUUGCUGCUGUAAGGUAUAUGCUCUGUACUAAUGGAAUAUACAAGUAUUCUUGUUACUAUAAUAAACUAUUCACCAUAAAGCCAGUUACAAAAAUGUGCUCUAAAUUAAAAAAGACAAGUAAUUUUCAGUACAACUCCCAUUAUGACACUUAAAUUCAGAAAUUUCUUAUGUGUUGUUCCUUAAGCAUAGCUUCAUUCAGUGUUGAGUUACAUCACAUUUUUUACAGAACAAUUCAAAUGUUAGUGAUAACACAUAAAGGCUACAAUAUGUUCUCAACGUAUUGUCCAGUACAUUUGAAGUUUGUUAUUAUCUGACUUACACACUCCUCAUGGUCUUUAACCAACACAUGUAUCAGAAUGCAAGAACAAGAAUCAACAGUCUGUUCCAUAAGAUGUGCAAUGUUUCUGAUUUUCACUGGAUACACAAUUUCCUGCAUAGAAAUCUAAUGGACUUAAAUACAGAGAAAAUGGCUGCCACUCCAAUGGACCUCCAUGACCUAUCCAUCUCCGGAGAAACUGGUAUCCAUGAAUGCCCAGACAACUAGUCCAUAAUGAGGUGGUGUACCAUCAUGCUAGAAGAAAGUUGGAAAUGUCUCAUCGUCAGACAACAAAGACAGCUGGACAUCUUUAACAACUGCAAAUAAUAGGCUGCUGUUGGUGUAUCCUAUAUGGAGAAGGGGCCAACAAUAUGAGAACAUGAUUUCCCAAACAAAACCAUCAAUUUUGAUGUGCCAACUACCUUUGACAGUUUCAUCCAGCAAGGGUUUACAUCUGGUCAGUAUCUGUGAUUCUGUUUUUCACUUCUCCAUUCACGUAGAAAUUAGCAUCAUUUGUAAACAGCAUAUCAUAUGGGGAAAUGAUGAUUUCAUCCAGCUUGCAUGCCACCCAUUCUGCAAACUUCACCCAGUGAUCUGGAGAUUUGGUGAGAUUUGCAUUUGCAUUUCGCAAUGGUGCCAUUUAUGUGUGAUCAAAAUUUUCACUGCUGACGUAUGACUGACCUAAGUUCCUGGUAUGCAGUAAACAUUGUGCUCUGGACCCUUACCGAACAAUUCCAGUGUAGCAGUUCUUGUUUCAUCCAUAUCAUUAGCCAUGUAGCUUUUGAUUUCUUUGUGACAGAGCAAUUUUCAUGGAAUUUCACAAGCAGUUUCAACAUCACAUUGUCAUUAACAUAUAGUCUACCUGGGUGGUGUUGGCUAAAACCCUCUGCAGGACAGUCCCAAUGCGUUAGGUUGUAUUAAUGCUAUCAGUUUUCACGUCAUUUGUAAGAAAGAAGCCUCAGUCAUCAGUCAAGAACGAACAAAAUCAUGCUCAUUUGAAAGACACCAUUGUUUUUCCUGUAUAAUUCUCUAUCUGUUUGAUAUGCCACAUGACAUACUUUCCAUUUCAAAAUUUUUGUCCCAGACAGUGGCUUCCAAAAUGGCCAACAUGUUGGUAAUAUAGCCACACAGGUUUCACUCCCCCCUCCUCCUCUCCCAUGUCCAUCUCAUACUAUGGUACUUAUGGCUGCGCCGGCCGCGGUGGUCUAGCUUGAACUUAUGGCUGCCACCUUGGCUAUAUCAUCUCACUACAGGCUUUCCCAACCUCCCAUUCCAUAUUACUUGAGAUUAAAUUCCUGUUGUCCACAUGUUUUGUGUUAUGGGGAAGAGUGGGGACAUAUUGUGCACGUAAGCCAUUUUUUUAAUACUUCUUAUUUUAUGAACUGAACUGGAAUGGUGAAAUCUUAUUUUGUCAAGUAUUCGAUUGCCUAUAUGUUUAUGGUUCCAUAUUUGGUACAUUGAAUCUGUUUACAUUUCUACAGGUAUUACCGCAAGGGGUGAUGUAAUACCAUGCAGUGUAAGGCAUAGUACAAUAUAGCACAUAAAAUGGCAAAAGCUCUGUAAAAAUAAAACAACUGAAAAAUGUAUUUACAAUUCAAAAAUGUAAAUUUCAGAACUUAUUAAAGUUUCAACAAAGAGCAAAAAAACAA